AUGGCUCGCCCGCCUGGCGCCCGCGUGACGCUUUUCGUGUAUUCCCGGCCUCCUGCACGAAAGCGAGAGUGCGCGCGGACGGGGACGCAGUUGUACCGACCGACCUACAAUCCCAUGCCUAAUGUCACUCGUCAGCAAAAAUCAUGUAGCUGUCCCAAGUCCGGGUUUGAUUUAAAAAAAUUUGUGAAGAAGGAUAAAUACAGUGAAAUUGUUAAACGGAGAGCUGAAGAGUAUGAAAAGGACCACCUCAGAAAAAGGACAAUACUAGAUGAGCUUCUGUUGGCCCCACCAAAUUCCCCUCUGCAAUAUCCAAUCCAAGGAUUCAUUGUCAGUCCUCUCAAAAAGGGCAUAAUUCCAGGUUUAAGUGUACAUACUUUACAAACACAAAAUGACCAGGUGACACUGAGUGUGAGCAGUGGGGUCCUGGCAGUGGAAAGUCUUCAGGAAAAGGGCAAAGUGAAGGGGCAGGGUGAGAAGGUGCUCUCCAUUUCUGCCUCCAGCCUGCAGUCUCUCAAUGACCUGCUGGGUCGGGUCUCCUACAGAAGCACUGUGUACAGCAUCAAGUCUGGAGACCUGGUACACUUCACGUUUGGGCGGCACAAGGCCAUCUUCCCUGUGGCGAUCCGGCAGCCUAAAGUACCAGUUCUGUAUGACCUUGGAGAGGAUGUCAACUCCCAAGUGACCGUGACAACUAAGACCUUCCUGAGGUACCCUGAAGUGAACUAUCUCAUCAAAAGUAUUAGAAAGUUUUACAAAGACAUCAAAAUCAUCAUUGCGGAUGACAGCAUUGAACCAGAGAAAGUGAAAGGCACCAACAUUGAGCAGUAUUUCAUGCCACCUGCCCAGGGCUGGUUUGCUGGCAGGAACCUUGCUGUCUCACAGGUCACCACCAAGUACUUUCUGUGGACGGACGAUGACUUUGAGUUCACAGACAAAACCAAGAUUGAGAAAUUUGUAGAAAUCAUGGAGUCUAUGCCUGAACUGGAUGUGGUAGCUGGGUCAGUUGGCAAAUUGGCAAAUUCCUUCACCCUCAUCUAUGAGGAAGGGGAUGAGGAAGGUGGCUGUUUGACCAGAGUCAAAGGCAACUAUCAGCCCAUUCCAGGAAUCCCAAAUUGCUUCUUCACCUCUGGAGUGAUCAACUUCUUCCUGGCUCGGACUGACGCAGUGCGGAAGGUGGGCUUCGACCCACUGCUGAAAAGAGUGGGUCACUCAGAGUUCUUCAUGGAUGGGCUGGGAGAAUUACUGGUGGCCAUUUGUCCUGAGGUCGGCCUUAACCACCAGCGUCGAAGGGCGAAUGCUGCAUAUCGCAAAUUUCGGAAGCCACCCAAAAGUGAUACCGACAACAAACUGUAUCUCCACUUCUUCAAGAAUCGUCUGAAAUGUAUGAAGUGGUAA